UGAUCAGUCUCGCCUCUCGCGGCUGCUCCUGACGACCUGACCCGAGUAGAUCGGCGGCGGCGACGAUGCUGAGGGCGCGGGGGGCGGCGGGUGCGCUGCUCCGCCUCGCCGGCGCGGGAGCCUUCGCCCAGAGCGGCGGGGCCCCUCCGCUUGCGCGCGCGGCAUUCACUCGCGGCUUCCUCGAUCUCCACAAGAUGGUGAACAAGGAGGCCAUCGAGAAGGAGAAGGCCAGGCUUAAGGAUGAGAUGAGUAGGGGCUACUUCGCGGACAUCUCCGAGAUCCGCAAGAACCAAGGCAAGAUUGCGACUGCAAGUAAGGCCAUCAUCCCAGAGGCUGAUGCUGUUGAGUUCCCUGAUCUGGUUGUGGAGUCCCCUGAUGGCGGGGCUUUGCAUCUGCCUCUUGUUGCGCCUGCUCCAGAAGAUGAUGGUGGUGAGGCUGGUGUUGGUGUAAUUCCUGAUGCUUCAUUGGUCUGCCUUUCCUUUCGUGCAAGCUCGCAGAAAAUGGCCGAAUCAUGGAGCUCACCUUUCCUGGAUGCAUUCGGUGCUGACAAGAACAUUCAUGUUUAUGAGGUCUCAUUUAUAGAUUCUUGGCUAUUAUCAUCGAGUCCUGUGAGACAAGCAUUCCUGAAGGUGAUGAGGAAAUCAAACAAUCCUCAAAGACAUAUUGUGUAUGCUUUUGGGGACCAUUAUGACUUCCGAAAGAAGCUUCAGAUUAUAAACCUUCUCACCGGGUACAUAUACCUGAUUGAUCGCCAAGGAAGAAUAAGAUGGCAAGGCUUUGGAUCUGCAACACAAGAAGAGCUGUCAUCACUAACGGCGUCUACCUCCAUUUUGUUAGAUGACAAAUGAGAUGAGGCGGCUACCUGUUUUCUUUUUCUUGUAACUUUCGGGGGAUGAAAUUUUGUUUCAUACCAGUUUCAAAGCGACCAUUCAGCAAAUUGAGGCACCUUUUCACAGCAGUUAAUAAGCAUGGGGUGUCUGGUUUUCUGGUAUCCAAUCACACACUGUAACCACAUGGGUUGUUUGAGGAUACAGCAUGAAUGUUCUGGUGUCAAUGAUUUCCUUGCCUUGUGUAACUGUUGUCUGGAACGCAAAUCCUAACUUCUGCGAUUAAUAAGACUGCUGACCUGAUUACAUGGUUUGGUAUCCUUGUACUAAACCUAGAUAUGCAAACUC